GGCAUUUACUUCACUCAAAGGAAUUCUUUGGUUGUAUUUCCUACGGAUACUUCCAGUUGGAGAUUUAAGAGUGACGCCCGGAAGGCUGUAAGAAUUAGGAUUAUUUCGAUUUCACAUGCUGUGUGGAAAGCGCAUUCAAAGCUGAGGAUAACUCUGAGACGAAACAUGGGGGCGGUCACCAGAGGCAUUUCCAACCGUCUCCCCUACAAAGCUCCCGCGUCAGUGUACAGCGGUUUACUUAAAGCCAUCAACGGCCAGUAGAGGAGGUUGUUGGUAGAAGAAGAAAGUUACACCCACAUGAAAUAGUACAUUUGUUGAGAUUUGACGCGAAUGCCCAGCUUUGGUAAGAAGAGGAGACAUCUAUAGAUGACAUGCUGUUUCUACAAUUUCUGUUCUUGGAUGUUCUCCUUCCAGGCAGUAACAACGCACAUGUGGUCGAGGAACACAUCUCAUGGUACCUAAUCCAGAUCUCAUCAUAUGCCAACCAAUCAUGGGUACAAAAUCUUGGCUCAGCUUGGCUGGGUGAAUUGCAGACUCAUGGCUGGGACAGUGAAUCAGGCACAAUAAUUUUCCUGCACACCUGGUCCCGGAGCAACUUCAGCAAUGAAGAAUUGGUAGAUAUGCAGGUGCUAUUCCAUGUCUACUUUGCUGGAUUAACUCAGGAGGUACAAAACUACGCCAGUCAAUUUCAGUUCAAAUGUCCCUUUUACCUACAGGUGAGAGCUGGCUGUGAGCUGCAUUCUGGAAAGAGCUCGAAAGGCUUCCUCCAUGCAGCUUUUAAUGGAUCAGAUUUCCUGAGUUUCCAAAAUGCAUCAUGGGUGCCAGCUCCUCAGGGAGGGAGUAGGGCCCAGAAGGUCUGUGAUUUACUCAACCCUUAUAAAGGCAUCAAGGAAAUAGCAUACAACCUCAUCAGAAACAUGUGCCCCCGUUUUGUUUUGGGUCUCCUGGAUGCAGGAAAGAUGGAUCUUCAAAGACAAGUGAGGCCGGAGGUUUGGCUUUCCAGUAGCCCCAUCCUUGAGUCUGGCCAACUGUUGCUGAUUUGUCACAUCUCUGCUUUCUACCCAAAGCCUAUUUGGGUAAUGUGGAUGCGAGGUGAACGGGAACAACGGGGCACUAAACAAGAUGAUAUUCUUCCCCAUGCUGAUGGGACAUGGUAUCUUCGGGUGACCCUGAAUGUGUCAGCUGAAGAGGCAGCUGGACUGUCUUGUCGAGUGAGACACAGCAGUCUAGGAGACCAGGACAUCAUCCUCUACUGGGGACACGGCCUUUCUGUGACCUUGAUUACCUUGGUAGUGGUAGUGCUCCUGGUGCUUCUGAUAGUUCCUGUGUUGUGGUAUAAGAAACGUUGCUCAUAUCAGGGUAUCUCAUGAGAUACCUACUUCUGCCUCCUCCAUGGUAACAAGAAGCCAAAUUCCAGGAACUUUGGACAGCAUUAUGAGGACAUCCUUUCUACAGUCUAUUUAAACUGUUGCUCUUUUUGCAUAAUAAUCACUUGUUAAUGUGGCUUAGUUUCUGGAACUCUCUAGGACAGCAUCUCCAUUUUUGUCAGUAGUAUGAAACCAUCGAUUGACAUUCCUGGUGUCACUUUGUGCAGAGAUCUUCCCAACCCUUGUGUGCGAAGCAGCCAUUCCCUUCUCUGAGCCCAGAGAGCCCUUCAGCUGCACUCUGCUGCAAGCCUGCCUCUUUUGCUGCUUGAAUUGCUCUUACCCAGGACUUCCUUCCUCUUUUUAUUUUAAGUUCCUUGAGUGUAAGGACCAUGACAAGGGUACCUUUCCUGCAUGUAAUCUAUAUUCAAUGGGAAACUACUAAUAAUAAACUAAUAAUAAUAAAAAUAA